AUGGCUCAAGAUAGUCAGGGACAGCAGCAAAGUCUAGCGAAAUUUGCAUUCAACAUUUAUGGAACAUUAGGCACUCCUCAAUCGAGCAAUUCUCCAUCUGCCAACUCCUCCAUUAGCUCACACAAAUCUAGCAAAAGGCUCAGCAAAAACCAACUGAGCAAUAGCUACUCUCGACGGCUUACCUACAAUGCGGAACGGGAUGUUCAAGCUAUUGGGCAAUUGAAUUGCGGCAUACAAAUCUCGCAUCAUAUCUCUGGGAAUGAGCCAAGCCAUCAUGCUGUGAUUGGUGGUAAAAACUACCUUCGACUAUUGUGCUUGAAUCGUGAUCAGCAGCAGGUGUUACAGGAAAUUGAUCUACUAGAUGUCAAGUCCAUCUACCGCUCUAGGAAUCCAAAUAAGAUAAGCUCAGUGAAUACUAUAAAGACAAGGGAAAAUACUAUAGCAUGUGGAAUGUCAAACGGUACAAUCUCAAUGUAUAAGGUAUCGCCUUAUGGCAAGGGCACCUUACAUGCCAUGCUUUCUGAUCACAGAAGAACGGUAAACUCAAUUGAUUUUAUUGACUCUACGGAUCACAUCAUCUCUGGUUCGCAAGAUGGAAGUAUUAAAUUGUGGGACCUUCGGGCAUCACCAACAAAACCAGUUUUCAACCUACAAGCCAAUCUCCAUAAUGACCCUAUAAGAGCGUGCCAGUAUAGUCCACACUCGGUUGUAAGAAAUAAGACAUGUAUAUUGUCCGUCCACGAUUCUGGUGCAUUAUGCAAGUUUGAUUUACGAUCAGGCUCUGGAAGUAAUAUGUACUCACCAGAUAGAAAAUGGAACCUUCAUGCAGGCCCCGUAUUGUCGUUGCACAUCCAUCCCGAGAAAGAGUACGUUGCAACUGGUGGUAGGGACCAUAAGAUUUGUGUGUUCAAUUAUAGUGAAGGGCGCUCUCUGCGGACAACUCCAGAAAAUAUUAUAAAUACUUAUGGGUCUAUUUUGAAAGUAAGAUGGAGCUCGUACCUGGUUAAUCAAGGAGGAAGAGCAGGAGAUGGAGGAGGAAUGGGGUCAAUGCACACUAGCACUAGCUUUGGGGACUCUACUCUGGCAUUGACAAAUUAUGACUUGGCCUGUCUGUAUUUAAAUGACGAUCCAACAGUAACGAUCUACAACUUGAAUCGUAAAUACAUUCCGAAGCAAAUCAUCAACCCAUAUUCUCAAAAGGCAAUUUCGAACUUUAUGUGGGCCCAAAACGAAAUUCAAGGAAGGCGAAUAUGGACGUUGAACAAGGCAAACCAGUUUAUGGCGUAUGACUUGGACUCGAAUUUUGACACCGAUAUCAAGAGACCUUUGGAUGAUUUACCGCCAAUAGGGAUGUCAUGGAACGAUAAUGAUGAUUUUAUUUGGGUUAACCAAGCCAAGGACGAAUUUGAAGCUAAUUUCGAAUCAAUGUGUGACGAUGAGCAAUUUCUCACCGACACAGCUGCAGCUGCAACUGCAACCUCAACUGCUUUUACAGCAUCGACGUCGACAAAUACAGCAAUUGCAGCAGAAAGAGCCUCGAGUUUUGAUUUGGAAGACCAUGAUCACAAAAUGGCCGGUUCAUCGCUCGGCACUUCUCCGAUCGAGCGUCCGUCUCUAACCCGCUCAUAUACCCAUAAUCCAAUGUCUCAAUUCAUGACAAAAUCACCAUCGCCGAUAUUGAGAAGUGGAACCGGUGUACUUGAUAUGACUAGUCCGCCAUCGGCGGGCUCUGCACUUUCUACUUCUACUUAUACACCUCGUCCAAAGCUUGCAAGAAACCCAUCGCAAACAACUCAAGGUUCUGCUGGCUCAUUUGGAUCGACCCCGGCUAGUUCAAGCUUUGCUAUAAAGUACAAAAGUGGUGCAAGUGGCCCAGGUGUUUCAGGUGUCCCAGGUGGUCCAGGGGUCCCAGGGGUCCCAGGUGGUCCAAUCGGAGGAUCUUUGAGACUUAACUCCAUGGUCAAGUCACCUUUUGCUUUCCCUGUGGAGUUACCUUUUAAUGAUGAAGAGGCUUUCAAAUUCCUCGCAACAGAAUAUCUAGUGACAACGCCCGAAGGGUUCACUUUGGCGGAUACGUGUCUGAUGAAUGCAAGUGUUGCUCACGAGGUUGGUGCAUAUCAAUCGAGUCAAGUAUGGAGAGUGCUUGCUAUUUCACUUUCCGACGAGAAAACAAUGAAUGCAGCGGCUGCAAGGAUGAAAACGAGAACAACUCUCGAUAAUAAAAACCAUGUUGACGAACCUGACAGCGCCAAUGCAGACCAUUUCAAUGCUGCCACUAAUAUGAGCGCCACCACAGACCCUAAUAUCACCGCCGUAUCCCAUACCAAGCAUGACCAAGAAGAAGAUGUCGAUAGUUUUGCUCUCAAAUCAAUACAAUCUGAUUUGGAUAAUGUCGUUGGCUCCUACAAUUCCAACUCAACGCUGAGCAUCAAGUAUGGCCGAAACAUUAAUCCACUCAGUAGUGUGUCCAGUCAUGGUAUUGCUUAUCAUGGAAACGACGUGCAUAGUCGCACGAAUUCAAUGCAUCACAGUAGAGCCAACAGUUUCAACAAUACUCAUAGUGUUCGAGCAGGGAGCAGUGGAGCAGAUGAUCACCUAAGUGUUCAUUCUCAAAGUAAUCCUCUUGCUAUUGAUUCAACUACAUCAAAGAGAGGUGAUUACGAGCUUGAGAACACUAAUUUGAUGAACUCCAUUUUUCUUAGGUCUAGUCCAAACUCAAUUGGAUUUGGCUCAAGCAGGUCUUAUUCCAGUCUAGCAUCUUCUCCGAUUGAUGCUCGACGUGCAUUACCGGAGAGACAAGUCCCUCCGGAACCACUAGAGCUCAAUCAUGAUACGUCAUUGAUCUUGGAGAAGAAACAAUCUAAUCAUUCGCCAAAGCUGCCUAAGCGGUCUGGAUUAUCGAUUGCGUUGAAAAACGACGAUCAUCAUGAUUGUGAAAAUGAUUAUGAGGAUGGAACGGAAGCCUGGUCUUUUAAAUCACUAUUGAAAGGCGCUUUGGAAUAUGCUGCAAGCCAAGGUGAGAUUACGUUUGUUUCUACUAUCGCAAUCUUAUUUUAUGAACUUGCAAGAGAUAUUAUUACAUUUGACCAAUGCCUUGGCUGGCUUGGCGAAUACGUUGAGAUUUUGCAACGUAAAUGCUUAUUUGUUGAAGCUACCAAAAUUAUAAACUUUGCUCCAUUGGACGUAGCGGAGAAACUAAAGACGCUUUAUGCAGCAGAUACUAUACGAUUGUAUUGUUCUCAUUGUUUGAAGCUUCUAACAAAUGAGAAAUCCAAACGCCAAACUCAUGGCGAGUUUGGGUAUUGGUAUUGUGAUGAGUGUCUGCAACGACAACUGAAUUGUGUCUUUUGCAAUGAACCAUGCAAAGGGCUAGUUGUUGCUAUAAGUUUAAAGUGUGGUCAUCGCGGACAUUUUGGUUGCUUGAAAGAAUGGUUUAUUGAUGAACAAAAUGUUGAAUGUCCUGGUGGUUGCGACGUGCCAAUUGUGGUGUGA